UACGAAUCGAAUUCUUUCUUAAAUUCUGAACGUAAUUUUGUGAAAUGGCGAAAAUCUUACCUCUUGUCGAUCAAUCUAUUUUUUUAACUUCGUUAGUUAGCCAUUUUUAUGAUAAAUAAUGCAGUUUUUUAACACGUCUUAAAUCGAAUGACGUUAUUUUUAUUAUUUAUAAAACAUAUUCAUUUAGUAUCGACCUCCAUUGUAUUUAGGAUUUGUUGGUGAAAUCAAUCUUUAACAUUUCUUCGUAUUUUACUGUGCUUUAAUUAAAUGUUUUGAUAUCUUAUUUUCUAAGUUAUGGCAAUGAAUAAUUGUGGUGUAGCAGGUGGGGGUGGGUUGGGUACAGCAGGUGGAGCUUAUGAUGCUAAAAUAGCUGGACUAUAUGACUUACUUGAUACCCUUGGCUCUGGACAUUUUGCAGUAGUUAAAUUAGCUAGACAUGUAUUCACUGGUGAAAAAGUAGCUGUAAAAGUUAUAGAUAAAAGCAAGUUGGAUGAUGUAUCAAAAUCACAUUUAUUUCAAGAGGUCCGCUGUAUGAAACUGGUGCAGCAUCCAAAUGUUGUUCGAUUAUAUGAAGUAAUAGAUACACAAACAAAGUUAUAUUUGAUAUUAGAACUAGGAGAUGGAGGAGACCUCUAUGACUAUAUUAUGAGACAUGAAUCUGGUUUAUCAGAAUCUCUAGCUCGUGAUUAUUUCAGACAAAUUGUGCGUGCAAUCUCAUACUGCCAUAGAUUGCAUGUUGUACAUCGGGACUUAAAACCAGAGAAUGUAGUAUUUUUUGAAAAAUUAGGUAUAGUAAAAUUGACUGACUUUGGAUUUAGCAACAAAUUUUGUCCAGGACAAAAAUUAGAAACAUCAUGUGGAUCUUUAGCAUACUCAGCUCCAGAGAUUUUACUAGGUGAUUCAUAUGAUGCCCCAGCAGUUGAUGUGUGGUCUCUGGGGGUGAUACUGUAUAUGCUAGUUUGUGGACAGGCGCCAUUUCAAGAAGCUAAUGAUAGUGAAACAUUGACAAUGAUUAUGGAUUGCAAAUAUACUAUCCCACCACACAUAACAAAUUCUUGUAAAAGGUUAAUAGGAAGAAUGUUAGUACGAGAACCUGAAAAAAGGGCCACAUUAUCUGAAAUUGCAACAGACCCAUGGGUUACUGCUGGUGAGGGGGUCACAGUAGAAGACUUUGAUACCCCUCUAGUAGCUAAGGAACAACUUUCAGAAGAAGAUCGCUCAGCUAUUGUUCAAAGAAUGGUCAAUGGUACUAUAGGUACAAAGGAACAGAUAAUGGAAGCAUUAGAGAAGAAUGAAUACAAUCAUAUUACCGCUACAUAUUUUUUGUUGGCAGAGAGAAAAUUGAGAUCUAAGAGGCAAGAGGCGACACGGAGCGCGCGACGACCCGAGGUGCUGAGCGUGUCACGUGGCGGCGGUGGUGGAGGCGGCGGCGGCGGCGGCGGGCACGGCCGCACGCUCUUGGCGCCGCCGACGCUUUCCGCUGCGCCACGGACCCCUCAGGACGUACCGCCGAGAUCACGGAAGUGCAGCAUUGUGCGCGAAGAGGAGGACGACGAGGAGGGUACCGUGACGGCGGCGGCGAGCGCGCGCGCUAACGACGCACGACGAGGCUCGCGCUCCGAGGGCCGCCUGCACCUCGCCGCGCGCGACCGCGUCGCGCACGCGCCGCUACCGCCGCCCGCGCCCCACGCGCCCCACGCGACACACGCGACACACGCGACACACGCGACACACGCGACCCACGCGACCCACGCGACCCACGCACAGCUCGCCGUCUACUCGCAGUCGACUCCCGCGCAGCCCGCACCUCGCUCUGCUCAGCUCGUGGACAACUUCGUUAAGGUGAACCUCGAAGAUGAUGGUACGUCAGAAAUGGGAGGGUCGAGAGGCGGUGGUGAGGAUGUUGCGGCGAUAAACGUGCCAGCGCCUCGCGUGCCGCCGCCCGCGCCACCGCCCGCCCGCCGCCAGCGGCUCGACUGCCGCCGCCGCCGCCCCCGCGCCGGCUCCUGCUCUUCCUCGGAUCUUUCUGAUGACGAUUCGGAGAAGAAGAAGCGAGCUGCGGAGCGUGCCGACGGGCCCGUCGAACGCCCGCGCCGGGAUUCGCACGACGACUCGAGUGAUAGUCAGGAGCCCGGCAGCGGCUCGGGCGGAACUCGGGGUUCCGCGCGGCCACAACUCGCAGGCGUUGCGGGGGCUCCGUCCGGUACGCCCGCGCCUGGCUCGGGCGGCGCGGCCGGCUCGGGCGCCGCGGGCGGCGACGCGCGGGGCGGCGGCGGUGGACGGCGGAGACGCGCCGCGCGCAAGGAGAGCCGCCUGCGGGAGUCGCGAUCCUUGAACCGUAUCGCGGAGGUGGAGGAGGCGGCGGCAGCUCGGUGGGCGGGCGGCGGGCUGGUGGCGCUGUGCGGACGCCCGCUGCUGCGGCUGCUGGCGGCGGCACGCCCGGCGCCGGCGGCGCGGCGCCUGCAUGGGCUGUGCUAGCGCCUGCCGCCCGCCGCCGCGGCAGCCGGGCGGCGUGACGUCGCCGACCACCAUUGAUUAAUCACGAUCACCCGGCCACUGCUAUCUUAUCGGUUCUCGUCUGCCGUAGGGUCGGCUUGUGUUUUAUAGAUCGUGAGCGAUUUCUGCGCCAAAAUGUUUUUAAAACGAGGCUAUAUUAUUAGAAACUCUGCGUGGCGGAAAGUGUGUAUUGACGAAAAUUCCUUUCGUUUGGUACUCAAGGUUUACGUUUAAAAAAAAUUUGACUCGAGAAAAUCACCUGUGAAUCUAUACUAAGCCCAGAUAUUAAAAUAUAUUUAUCGCCUAUUUUCAUUAUAGUUAGUUUUCGUAAUGUUCAGAUAUUAUAAAAAUGUUUCCAUCAUCUGAUUUUAUUUUAAUUUUAAAUUAAUUUUCACAGAGUGCUCCUUUGAUGAUUGUCAUUAAAAGAUAUACAUAUAAAUAUUUAGUCCAGGCAUACAUGUUAUUUACAAAAUCGCCUUGGGCUGCUUGCGGUUCAGUGUGCGUUCGGGCUUAGAGUAUGCCAAUAACCACAACUAUUAUUGUUUAUGAUAAAUUAAUUAUUUAUUGUAAUAUUUAUAAUUUUUGUAAAUUACAUUUUAAUAGAUAUUUAUUUUUGAAAGUUCAUAUAAAGUGUGUAUAACAAUGGUAGAUGUAGCUAGGGAAUAUUACAUUAAAAAAUAAUGUAGUCUGAAGGAGAAACUAAUAUUUUAUUUAAAUAGUAUUCGCUUCACCUCAUUUAUACUCCUUCAGUCUACCCAACAGAUUUUAUAAAUACAUUUUACAAUGACAUACAAUUUGAUUUCUCUCAUAUUUAAUAGUCAAGUAAUUUUACUUGAUUAUAUCACGCCAGUUAUGAUUUUUUUUAUCAAAAUAUCAAAAAUCCAUUUAAAUCUUUUACCGUGCGAUAUGGUAUACAAAAUCUAUAUAAAAUAGCUUAUUAUUUUUAAUUUUUUGAUAAUGGGCCGCUUUGAGAUCUAAUAGUUCAUUUUCCUAAAAAAAUUUAGAAAAAUCAACACUUGAUUUAUUAUUUUAUCGCAUAUUACUCGCCAAUAAAACAUUUCAAUACGUUUAAAAAGAAAUGUAAAAAUAUACAAUAAUUUGCUUAUACAAAUAAAAUUUUAUCCAAUUUUAGACUGAACGAUUUUGGAUUGUACAAAAUUUCGUUUACACGCUUGUACUUACUUAAAGGACCAUGAUUGUAAGAGUAUGUGUAUAAAGCUUCAAGUGCUACCAGUACUAGUUACUAACAGAUCGAUUCUUUUUCGAAAAUGUAAAUAAAUUGGUAUUUCACAGUAUAGUAACACUUUAAUUAAAACAACAACAACAAAAAAUAUAACAAGAACUUUUGCAAAAGUACAAGCAUCAUAAAAAUUAUCCUUUAAUUAAUAAAUAGCUUGGACCAUAAUUUAAUAGAGUAAUUUAAUUGCAAGAAUAUAAAAUACUAGCUAUUUUCUGCGCCUUUGCCCGCGUGAAUUCGUAUAUAUCGUCAUAGUUGUAGAAUACUGACGGAUAUGUAUAUUUAAUGUUUGUCAGAUCCGUCACUAUUAUACGACUAUGAUGAUAUGUUAUAUACCUUAGUGUUAGGAUAUAAAAUUUCAUUCUGCUUCUUUCAACCAUUUAAACAUGAUUGAUUAACAUAUCAAUAAUCACAACAUUCAAACAUCUUUACGAACUUUCACAUUUAUAAUAUUAGUAGUAAGAUAAACUGAAGAAAAAUAUUUUAUAUUUUUGUUACAAUUUGUAAGUUAUGUAAUAUUUUUGUCUGAAGAUAAGUGAGUUAUCCUAUUAAUAUUAUAAACGCAAAUGUUUAUAAGGUAGAUAAAUGAAUGUUUGUUACUUUUUCACGCAACAACUAUUGAACGGAUUAGAAUGAAAUUUGGAAUAUGAGUAGUUUAUAUCCUAACUUAGUACAUUGGAUAUUUUAUGUACUGCGUCACGCAGGUGAAGCCACGGUAUACAGCCAGUCAUAUAUAUUUACUGAAAUUUUAUUUUUACAUAUUCAUUGUGAACAAGAGCUAUGGCGUAAACAUUUUGUAUGUAAAUUUGUCAAUAUUGGGAGUAUUUAGGCUUUUGUUUUGGGAGCUAUGCUAAAGUUGAAGUAUUGAGAAUAUAUAUUUCAUAAAAUUAAGAGAUAUUGGCAUUUUUUUUUAAAUCAUCUAAGACAAAAAAGAAUUAUAGUGGCAUAUAUGGCGAUAUUACAGGACAUAGUGGUCCAAGGGAGGAGCAAAUACAGUGUUGAUAUUUUUCUAAACAAAAAUUUUGCCUACUAUGUGAAAACCGGCUAUUGUCAAAAAGUUAUGAAAACCUAGUUUUACUGCACUAAUAACCUAAUUGAAAGUAAUUUAAAAGUUAACCUACUUGCAUAAAAUAUGUUAAGUCUGAAAUGUUAUCAUGCUUGUUAUGAAUGGGGCCACAACAUCUUUUAAUAUAUCAUGUAAUCAACUAAAUGGAUUUUAAUGAACAAUAUGAUUGCAUUUCAUGUCAAUAAAGAUUGAGAGGUAAACAGGGUUUCUACAAACCGAAUAUAGAAUUAUUUUCAUUACAUAAAAAUCACUUACACUUGCUUGGAAGGAAAUAUCCAAUGACUGAACCAUCGAUACAUUUCUACAUAUUGGAAGUAAAUAAUUUGUGGUCUACUAUUAUUAUGGUUUCUUAAGAAGUAAAUCCAGAAGCGCGAAGGUGUCCAUAAAUAAUUUAUUAUUAUACAGAUACAAAGAUAAGUAGUUAUAUCCUUUGAAGGGAUGUAAAUAAUAAUUAGUUAAAUUAUUUUUGCUGUCUUUACAAUUUCGUUUAUUAUAGUAGUUAAAAUUAUGAAAUUGUGAAGUUAAUAUGAAAUUAAUUUUCUGUAUUUAUAUUUUUGUUAUAAAUAUAUAAUAUCCAUUAUACGCUAGUGCUGUUUGCUCCAGCGCUUAUAGAAAUUAUUUAAUGAAAUGAUAAAUUUUUUAGUAGAUUAAUGUUUUAAUAACAAAAGAUUUUUUUUAUUGAUUUGCGUGUAAUGUAAAAAUAUAUAAUUAAAACGGGAAUGUUAAAUAAGUUAAAUGUUGUGUAAUAAAUAAAAAUAUAUGUACAUAAUUAAAUUGUUGUAUAUAAAUAGUUUAUCUCAAGAAUACAUAAUAAGUUGACUUUAAACAUUUAGUUAUGUUUGAUUGUACGAAUAUAUCUCAUGUGUGAAUGAACAAUUAAUGUUAUAUGUGAGCAAUUUAAAAUUAUACCACUCGUGUGGUGCUUGCAAUAAAGUGGAUAAGACCAAAGAUUAACAAAUUGUGUUAUGCAUUUUAACUCUGUCUUGUGCUGUUUGUGGUGCCAACAUAAAUAUAAGUUACACAAAACUCUGACACAUGUAUGACUGUGCUCGUUGUUAGCUGUUAGCGCAUUGUGUUGGUGAUUCUUAUGUUUUAUAUACUGCAUUAUUUUUUCUUUAUUAAUUAAUAUCUGUGCUCUGGAAUUUAGAUAUUCAAAAUUACUAACACGUUAACUAGGUCGUAAUAGCCUAUACUAUAAUAAAUUAUAAUUAGCCAA